AAUUAGAUGUCGGGUUUUAUAAAAUGUUUAAUGUGAAAUUAAAUCAGCCUUGUUUUGUUUUACCCUAUUCAGCAUGCUCAUGUCCAGACUUGCUGGCCUGUGUCUGCUCCACAAGCCCAUUCUCAUAGCCUUCAUCUUGAUUUAAACUCUGAACCAGCUUAGCCUUUGAAGAAAAUAUCGCUGGUCUUGGCAGUUUGGAGAAGAACUUGAAUUGAGAGUGACGCUGUAAUGACAAGUUAGUCUGUGGCAGCAAGUGUCAGUAAGAACUCACAUAUGAAUUCAUCGAGUUAGGACUGAAACAACAAUGUCAAAAACAAACUCUUCCUUUUGGGUGAAAAAAGAAGGUAAACAACCUGAUUUACUCUGCGGAAAGUCAGCCGAAUACAAUUUUGCUAAGGGACAUUUCACAAUGCUCAUGUGUUCAAUUAUUGUUUUGGGAGGAUUUCUAAGGAUAAUUUUAAAGAAUUCCGAAGUCAUCGUCUUGGUCAUUCUUUCUCUGUCAGGAUUUAUGAUAGGAAAACUGGCCCACAGUUUUGUUGAGGUGAACCAAACUGUCUACCCUCUUCUAAAAACACCAAGUUUUUCACUUUAUUGUUAUUUUUCACCCUUAAUUAUAUUUAUGGCUGCUUUGGAUGUGGACUUCUAUGUACUCAAGAAUGUGUUUUGGCAGGUCAUGUUAACUGGAAUAAUUAGCUUCUCUCUGGCAUUCAUCAUACUUGGAUAUGUGGUUCUGAACUUCAAUGAUGACUCCUGGGAUUUUCAAUCUUGCUUACUGUUUAGCAUGACCCUUGCCAUUACAGAUCCUGUUCAUUCUGUGAAUUUACUGAAAACUAUUGGCCUUCCCAAAAUGUAUAUUGACAUCAUUAGAGGAGAAUCACUGAUCAUCUGUAGCUUCACAUCCAUUUUAUUUGGAGUUUUUCUGAGUAACUUACUUCACACUUCCCUGUUUAGGGGGUUGCACAUAAUCCUGGUGAUUUUGGGAAGCAUAAUAUGUGGAUAUUGUUGUGCAAGGAUCAUUCAGUUUAUAGUAACUGCCCUGUUCAGCAAUACACUGACUAGUGUCAUCCUCUGCAUUUCAAUGGUGUACAUGACUUUCUACAUUGUGGAAUUUUUAGGAAUGUCAGGUAUGGUUGUGUUAGUCAUCGUAGGACUGAAUUUAGAUUCCUUAAGCUUUAAACGGAGGAUCCAGUUAAUAAUUACUAAGUUCCUAAUAAUGUUUUCAUCUGUAUUCCAACAUUUAAUAUAUGCUUUCUUUGGUAUUGUAAUUGGAUGUGGAGAAUCCAAGCAUUUUGGGUUUCACACUGUAGUUUUCAUGUUCAUCUUAUUUGCAACGGUGAAUUUUGCAAGGUUUCUUACUGUUGUGUUAGCGAGACCUAUUCUGAAGCAUUUGAGUUAUGAAUAUAAUUGGAGAUGGGGAAUUGUUAUGGCAUGGUCUGGAAUUAAAGGAGUUUUUACCUUACUCUUGGCUUCUGAUAUUCAUAAUUUGGCUGUAGAAAAAACAGACUCACCACAAACGUUUAUAUUGUAUGCACAAGUGAUAUCGUUAAUGACCAUGGGAAUAAAUCCAUACAUGAUGAUUCAUUCAGCCAGGACAUUAGGUCUGUGUGCUAUUUCCCUUCCAAGACAAACAGCCAUGCAAAAUACCAUGAAGCACAUACAGGACAUAAUAUGGAACACUAUAACUUUAUUUAAGACAGAAAAAAUUUUGACAAAUGUUGAUUGGACCUUAGUAGAAGAAAAAACAAAGAUUGAAUACAUCAUUCCUUCUGAUACUGUUAAGUUUUGCCACGUUUCAUGUGAUGAGAAAACGGAUGAGGAGUCCCCAACAGAUGAAGUUUUAAUAGAAGAAGCCAGAUUGCAUGUAGCUAUUAUACAAAUGAGGAGCUUUGAAAAACAAUGUAGUGAUGGAAUCCUGGAUAUGGAAGCAGCCCGGAUAUUAAUCGGUGCUACCAAAAGCUACUGUCCCAUCCAAGGAAAAUUCAUGAGUAUUUAUGAUGUUUUAACUUAUGUAAGAACUAGAAGUUGGCUUAUGAAGUUCAAAGACAUGUUAACUUCUUUGGAAUACCAUAAAGAGAAGUCACCUGGACUUCCAUAUGGGAAUAAUAAAUUUCUGAUUUUUGUACACUACAUUGUAUUUUCAGAAGAAUUUGAAUAUGCAGGAUAUAUUAUAACAUUAAUCUACAUUUAUCCUAUAAUAAUGCAUCUAUGGCCAAUGGCAAGAGAGUUAAAUGUGGCAGCACUAAUAUCAGUAAACUACUAUUUUGUAUUUUUACAUGCAUUAGAAUCAGCAUUGAAGAUAAUAAUUUUGAAAAGGAAAUAUUUUCACCAACACUGGAAUACUUUGGAAUUUUUUUUCGUGAUUAUUGGAAUCAUUUAUAUCCUUUGUAUAUACUUUGUCAGAUUGAGAUUGAUCAACAUGCCUUUUAUUCAAAUUACAGUAAUAAUAGGAUACCUCAGGAUACUUAGGCUUAUUCUUGUCAUUAAGAUAACAAUACCACCACUGAAAAAUACUGUAGACGUGCAAAUCAAAAAACGCCUCAGCCUAAUGUAUAGUAUUACCAAAGGCUAUGUCAAGAGUCAAGAGGACACCAAAUUUUUAAUAAAACAAAUUUCUAGUCGAGAAUCGAUAUAUCAGAAAUUAAAUGAAAUUUUGGAAACCAACAAACAAGAUGCUGUCAAAGAACUAGGACUCAUAGAGCAUGAGGGUCGUGAUGUUGUCAUUGCUUUGAAGACGAAGCAGGCAAUCCGGAAUGUGAUUGCUAAAGCUCUGAAAAACCUCACCUUCCUUUGUUCAAGAGGUGUUAUUGAUGAACAUGCAGGCAUAGAGAUAAAUAAGGUACUUCUUGCAAAAAUAAAAGAGCUGAAUAACUUCCCAAUGGCAGUCCCGCCCCCCACUCCUGACAAAUACCUUGAUAAUAUCAUUUGGCUGGAAAAGGAAGAUGAUCUCAUCAAGUUCUUUAAGCAAAGAGCCCAACUUGCCUAUUUUGACGAUGGAGAUGUCAUUUGUAAAGAAGGUGAAAUGCCCCAAGGAAUCUACUUAAUUAUUUCAGGAACGGCAAUUUUGCAUAGUUCCAACCGUACCAAUGGAAUAGACAGUGGCCUAAGACCUGAUAGAGAGUACAAAACCCUGUUUACAGAGUACUACACUAGUGGAGACAUAAUUGGAGAAUUGUGCUGUUUGCUUAGGCGGGAACUUGAAUAUAGCGUCGUCUGUGAAACUACUUUACAGGCCUGUUUUAUCUCCCUGGAGGAUUUAUAUGCAAGUUUUGAUACCUUCUGGCCAUUCCUGGAAAAUAAAAUAUGGCUAAAGGUUGCUAUCAGUAUUGCCUGUCAAUAUUUUCAAUCAAGUCUCAUUGAUGAAGACUUAACGUUUCAGAAGUGUGUGAAGUUUAAUCAGGCACACGUGGAGACUUUGUCAAACGAUAAAGAAAUGACUAUUGAUAAUGUGACCAUGAAAUUCGUGAUUAUUGUGUAUGGCAGUGUGAUUGAUACUAAGACAGAGGAAUCAUACUGUGCACCUUGCAUUUUACCUAGAACCUGUGAGCAGGUUCAGGGAUCUUCAGAUAAAAGCAAGUUGCUGGUUAUCCUAGCAUCCGAGGCUGGCAAAAACAAAAAUAACUCCGAGUUCAUGGUCAACACUGGUGUUUGGAAUGACCAGGAAAGAAUAUAACUGGAAGAGAAAAAAUGAGUUGGAAACUGGAUCCCAUUUUAGAAAAGGAUAUUAAUAGCACUAAUGUGAUAUGUGGAGUCAGGUUAAAGACCAAGCAAAUAUAUUGGCUCAAGAGCUGAAGGAUUAUCUGGCAAGAUUACUUAGAAGUUACUGAAACAAUUUAUGCCUGCAUUUAUUUUAUAAGCAAUGGAUGGACUGUUGUAAAAGCUCUAAUUUUAAGUAGCUGCAUUAUUUGUGAGAUGUUCAAAAACUCUUCAGGAUAAUUAUAAAAUACCCUAAAACUCAUGGCAUACCAAAUGACAUCCUGCAUCCAGCAAGAGAGCAAGUUAUAAAAGAGCACAAAUUAUCAAAAGCAUUGUUAAUGUUACUAUCUAAACCAUAUAUUUUUUCAUUUGUGAUAUAUUUUUCAAUUCAUGCCUCCCUAACAUUUUCCAAAGUAGUUAUUCACCCCACUCCGUUUAGUAAAUAUUGAAAAAUGGAACCAUGCUCCAUAAUCUUAGUUUUUGACAGCAAAGUUUAGGAGAAAUGAACAAUCUUACAUUGCAUAGUACUGUUUGAUAUCACUUUUCAUUUAAAAAAGUCAAGUAAAGUUGAAUUUUA